AUUAUAUCGGGGUGGAUGACGCAACGGGCAGAUGCGAGGCGACCAAGUUGACAUCAUCGACAACUUUAACAAUAUAUUGUAAACCAGAGCACCCCUCAGAAUAAGUAGGUAGGUACAUACCUGGGUACCUAACGACCAUUUUCCCCAACAAUCUUCCCAUCACAUACCUAUCAAGUAAUAUUAACAAUAUCGAAUCAACAUGUCUGCCAACCCGGAUUCCGUAGCCAACCAGGACCAGUUCCAUUCCCGCGUCCCUCCCGCAAAACCGAUGACGACCUCCGGCCACCAACUCGGCCAACAAGUCGGCAACGAGGCCAUCCCCGAAUUCCGCGCCGAGACACACACGCCCGGCAGCGCGCCCGCCCAGCACACCCACCAGCCCAACCCGAUCCACGAGACCCCCGGCCAGGCCCUCAACCCGGACGCGGCGCGCCCCGAGGCCGAGGGCCGCACGGCCCCCCUCGACAUGCCGGGCGCCACUAGUAGCGACGUGCACAGCGCGUCGACGUUGGCGCGGCCCAUGGAGGGGCAGACGCGGAGCGAGAUGCACGGUGCGCAUGCCGUGGGGAAGAGGAAGGGGGAGCGCAGUGGUUUGGAGGGGGUCGGUGCGACGGUGAGUAGGGCGGAGGAUACGGUGGAGGGACGGGUGCGGGCGCUGGGGGCGGAUUUGCCUGAGGGGGUCGAGCGUGGUGUGAAGGGGGAGGCGCCGGGGGCGGAGGAGAGGGUGCCGGCUGGGGCGGGGGAAGUGGCGGCUGAGAGGGGACGGCGUUGAGUCUUAAGGCGGCGGGGUUGGUAGCUAUAGCCUUUGUGUAGGUGGGGGGUUUGUGUUGAUGCUGGGGCCGUUGGUUCAAUGGUUGUGCGUAAGGGGUUGGAAAAGAUGCAACAUGGGGUGGCUUUGCUGAUAUGUACACAAACGAGACGAGAAGGUUCGGCGCCCAAAAUUGUUGAUUCCUUGUAUAGGAGGGUGUGUAACAGUGGAUCAAAUGUAGCCCAUUCGACGACUGUUGCUAGUUCCUUCGGCACGGUGAGGUCUUCAGUGUCUAUAACAAGAUCACCUACCGCAGGUACCGAGGUACCUCCCUCGUGUCGGGACCAAUUUCCCCUACCGGAAAGGUACUAGUUUAGAAACAUGGCAGGGGUGUAAUUAACUCGCCCUUGGAUGGCUGAAUUGAUUCUUG